CGAAGGAAAGCAACACAAGCCACCCAUUAGUUGAAACUUCCAACUCUCUCUGCCGACUUCACACCUUUCACACGCUUCAAUCUUCGUUUUCUAGUUUCUGGGAUCCUACAACAUAGAAUGCCUGCAGUUGUCUGAGUCUCUCCUAAAUGGAAAUCAUCACUGGUAAAAACCCAGGUUCUGUUUUCGAGAUUUUCUCUGUCUUUUUAAUUGUUUCUUGCUAUGUUCCUCUGUUAUGCUCUGCGUCGAGUUCGAUCACACAGGGCCAGACUCUAAAGGACGGCGAGACUUUGAUAUCUGAUGGCCAAACCUUCGAGCUUGGCUUCUUCAGUCCGGGGAACUCUUCGUACCGGUACGUCGGUAUUUGGUACUACAACCUUUCAGACCCGGCAAUCGUUUGGGUCGCAAACAGAGAGAGCCCUGUUUCGGAUAAAGCUGGAGUCUUCACAAUCGGAAGCGAUGGAAAUCUGGUUGUUCUAGACGGAAACAGCACUGAAGUCUGGUCUAGCAAUGCUUCAUCGGUAUCUAAGAACUCAUCUGCAGUCCUGAGAGAUUCAGGAAACCUUGUGCUUUUGACAAAUGAAACUACUAUGCCUCAUUGGGAGAGUUUUGAUUUUCCUACGGAUACGUUUUUGCCCGGAAUGAGAGUGGAGGUGAACGCUAAAGAGGGAGAGAAUCGUGCUUUCAGGUCCUGGAAAUCAGCCAAUGAUCCAGCUCCAGGUGACUAUUUCUCAGGGGUUGAUGCUAGAGCAGCACCACAGCUUAUGGUAUGGAAUGGUUCUGAAAGAAGAUGGAGAAGUGGGCACUGGAACAAGUUGAUAUUUAUUGGUCUUCCUGAGAUGCCAACACAAUACUCUGCUGGUUUCAGUCUUACAGAUAAGGCAGACCAAAAUGGGAGCUACUACUUAUCCUAUACACAAUGGAAUGUCUCUGAUAAGUUGAGGUUUCGCAUUGGGUGGGAUGGUUAUGAAGAGCAGAAUAUUUGGGUGGAUGAUUUAAACCAGUGGGCUACACUUAUGUCCCAACCGAACAAGAGCAGCGGGUGUGAGCUUUACAACAAGUGUGGGAACUUCGGGCUUUGUAGUGCCUCGGAUGAUGCUAGUUGUGAUUGUAUGCAAGGAUUUGAUAGAAAGAAUUGGGGGGAUUGGUCAGAUGGGUGUGAAAGGAGGACACCAUUGAAGUGUCAGCGAAAUAGUACUGAUGCUGAAGAUGGUGAGGAUGGUUUUGUGGCCGUGAAGUGUACAAAGGUGCCGGAUUUCGCAGACUUGGUGGUGGUGACAGGUCCACAGAUCAGCUGUGAGCAAUCUUGUUUGAACAAUUGUUCAUGUACUGCUUAUGCAGAUGUUACUGGACUUGGCUGUAUGAUUUGGACAACCGAGUUGGUUGAUCUGCAACAGUUUUCGGAGGGGGGAAACACAUUGUAUAUUCGUGUUGCUCAUGCCGAUUUAGGUGGCAGCAAAAAACUAUCCGUCCUUAUGAUAUCACUAAUUACUGUAGCGGUAGCAAUUUUCGUUGCCAUCUUCAUAUUUCUAGUAUGGAGGUUCAAAGCAAAACUUAAAGUGUUGCCUGCCACUUCAAUUUCAUGGCUAAGAAUCGGUGAAACACCAACGUACGAUGAUGGCAAGAGCAAAGAAUUCUCAACAGAAAUGUCAGGAUCACUAGACCCUACUGUAGACGGGAAACAAGUAAAUGGACCGGAUUUGCCAUCUUAUAGUUUCAACAGUGUGGCAGCUGCUACAGACCACUUUUCUCUUAAAAAUAAGCUUGGGAAUGGCGGAUUUGGUACUGUCUACAAGGGAAUCCUUCCAGGACUAGGAGAAAUAGCUGUUAAGAGACUUUCAGAAGUAUCUUGCCAAGGGUUGGAGGAGUUUAAGAAUGAGAUAAAUCUGAUUGCUAAACUGCAGCACAGAAAUCUUGUAAGGCUAUUAGGCUGUUGCAUUGAAGGAGAAGAAAAGAUGCUGCUAUAUGAAUACAUGCCAAACAAAAGCUUGGAUUUCUUUCUUUUCGAUCCAACAAAGCAAGCACUACUGAAUUGGAGAAAGCGCUUCAUGAUUAUUGAAGGCAUUGCACGAGGGCUUCUGUAUCUCCACAGAGAUUCUAGACUUCGAAUUAUACAUCGAGACUUGAAAGCUAGCAACAUUUUAUUAGAUGAAGAUAUGGUUCCCAAAAUUUCUGACUUUGGUAUGGCAAGAAUAUUUGGGGGAAACCAAAAUGAAGCGAACACAAUGAGAGUUGUUGGCACAUAUGGUUAUAUGGCACCUGAGUAUGCAAUGGAAGGCCUAUUUUCAGUGAAGUCGGAUGUCUAUAGUUUUGGCGUAUUGCUGCUAGAGAUUGUGAGUGGCCGGAGGAACACUAGCCUACGGACCUCAGAACAUUUGAGCCUUAUUGGAUAUGCAUGGAAUCUCUGGAAUGCAAAUACAGCAGAGGAUCUCAUUGAUCCUUCCAUUGCGGAAACUUGUAACAAUCGAUCUGAAUUGUUGAGAUGCAUACAUGUUGGAUUGUUGUGUGUGCAAGAUUCCGCAGAUUCGAGACCAACCAUGUCAGCCGUAGUGUUAAUGCUGGAGAGUGAGACUGCAAAUCUUCCAUUGCCAAGAGAACCCGUGUUUACUUCAAUUAAGAGAUACGUGGAUACAACCUUUAGUACAGAAGAAGAAGAAGAAACUCCUGAGGUAGUAUCUGUAAACCAUGUCACUAUUACAGUGGUAGAUGGAAGGUGACAACAUAUUUUUGCUACCUGCUAUUUGCUAGUCCAUCCAUUCAUGGGGUACAAACAAAUAUGUAUGUAAAUAUUCUACAGUUACUACAUACUUUUAAUAGCACAGAGCUCUAGUUAGGGAGCUUUUUCUUCCUGCUAA